AUGUGCCUGGGUGCGGGCCAUGCGGCGUUGAGCGCCACCUGCGCCUCGUGUGUCGCUCUCCCCAGGGAGGAGAGUGAACGCAGGCGCGCGUUCUUCGCCGCUACAGCGCCCCGUCCGGACUCCUCUAAGGACGAGGAGUCUGAGAUUGACUGGGCCCCCCUCGACAUUCCACCUGUGCCCGCGGAGUGGGGUGACUGCGAGGACGGAGAGGUGUCGGAGGUCGGCUCUCUCCUCACGCUGGACGAGGUGGUGUCCAACCCGGAGCCGGACCGCUUCCCGCUGGACCACAUGCCUGGGCUCUACGCCACGGCGGCGGCCAUCAUGGAUGCCCCCCUGCCACCGCAACCGAACCAGAGGGUGGAGGACUUCACCUCUGGUGAGGAGGUUGGUGUCUCUGAGAUUUUGGUGAAAUGGAACUCAGACUUUCUCUGA